CUCGUGGCUCUUCCUCUCUUCCUCUCUGUCUCUCAGUCUCUCCCUGUCCCAUUCAUCCUCAACGUCCGACUUACGGGGCUGGAAACUUUCGCUGGAUAUCUCAUUUCGAUCAUCGUCAGGCAGCAACCCCUUUGCGUCGAUCAGUCCUCCACUGGCCCCCUACCCUGCCUCCACACACGACGACAUGUCGCACAAUUCCACACGGGACUACUCGUCCUCUGAGGACGAACUGAACGUCAUUGAGCGUGACCCAGGGCGCCAUAACACUCGGCAUGGAGGUCGAGCCAGUGCUUCUCCCAUCAAGCCGCGUUCAUCGUCUCAUGCAGAUGCACCAAGAGUCAAAUUGACCCUGCGACCGAGCAUCAAUCAUCUCAUGAACGAUACCAACACUGCCAGUAGUUCCAGCUCUCGCCCUCGGCAAUCUGGAGGAGGGCAGUCAAGUCGACGAGCUGGAUCGCCUCGAUCUUCCCUUUCACCUCCACCACCCAUCACUCUCAAACUUGGAUUUCAUAACCGACCAAGUAUGGCCGAACGUAUGGCUUACUCUUCUGACGAGGAAGACGAUGUGUCCGGAUCUGGACCUCCCCCAUCGAAGAAAGCUAGAUCCUCUCGAACAAAAUCUCAUGCUUCUUCGCCCCGUAGUAGACGUAAAGGAAGUCACAAUACCAAAUCGCAUCUGGAAGAACCUAGCCUCCCUGCAUCUCAUCGGAAAUCUUACGACUGGCUCCAACCGUCCGCAGCGGGUGCAUCUCAUCAUGGUCCCCCUGAGCGGGAAAGAGGGUACGGAGAAGACAGCUAUGGAAAUGGUCGGCGAUCGUCGUUCGGUCAGCAGUCUGAGGGUCGAAUGACGGGAUGGGGAGCAGACGAUGAUGUGGACAUGGAUGAUGGGAGCUCUAUUGCAGAUCGAGAUAUCAAGUCUGGUUAUCCUGACGCGAUGGACGAAGGCGAUGAACUCCACAUGGUUCAGCCUGUGAGGCCAAAGAGGAGUCACAAGAAGAAGACGACAGAAGGGCCAGGUAAAGCGUGGCGUAAGGGUCUGAAAAAAGGCAUGGCAGUGCCUUGGAUCGAAGGUGGAACAUUCAUGCCCAACGGAUCCAUUCAAGUACCCGCGGGUCAAGCAUCUACAGGUCAUCAGACUGGGGAUGCGACCCCGGCCAGCAUGGGAUCUCCCGAGCCAUUCAUUGCCAAUGACUCCACUCCGAGAGCGUCUCCACCUCCGUUCAUACUUGCAGAUCCUCAAGUCUUGGGCUUCCCAGUAUUUCAGAAACCGAUCGUUACGCCAAAGCUCACCCUGAGCAACUUUCCAAGAGUCACCACAUUCUUCAUGCAGAACAAUGGCGGUGAUGUCGGACCUUUUCCGAGGAAAGAAGCUGUCCGAUCGUGGACUUUGAUUGAACGCGGCUUUCAAGGCAUAGGUGGGGGGAUUCUCAAGUUCAAGACGUGGAAUAAGGGUCCUCCGAGUCAACUUGCUGCUCUUAUUCAAGCAGACAAGGAGGCAGAUAAAGAGGCGAAAGACAAUCAACGAAAAGAAGCCAAGGCUGCUGCUGCGCUCAAUUCCAUCCCAGCUUCCGACUUGCCAUUCGCGGUGGAUCCCAAACGCCCAGCUUCGGCAGAGUCCACAUCUGCACCAAGUGUAGCUGCUCUCGAAUCGAUCCCCGCUCCAACGGCGACGACGAUCACGACCAACAUUGUGACGCCAGCUGUUGAAGAUGAAGGCUCAGAGGUCGGAGAUGGAGAAGAGAGCGUGACGAGUAUGCCGGCAGCAUCGGCUGGGAUCUCGGACAAACCUCCCAGUGCGACGUUAUCGACAGCCCCAAAAAGAAAGGUCUCUCGAUCCAAGCCAUCAACAUCAACAACAUCAUCAUCACCCUCCUCCUCUUCGGCGCUUGGAGGUGGAGGCCCUCGAUCCUUAGCAGGCAAAGCGAAGCUUAAGAAAUCGAAACUGGGUCAGGAGAUUCAUCCUGCCGAUGAGGCUACGAGUGCGAUCGAGGAAUUGAUGUGAGAGUGUUUGCUUGGAGAAAACAAAUAUCCAAGUCCAUCUUUUCUUGCUUUAACAUGUCGUUUUGAACCGCGUUCCGCGGUGUACUGUACUCAUUCGUACAAAGCUGCAUGCUAUAUCAGCUUUAUGUAUGUUUCUAUCGAGAUUCUAAUCAAUGA